CUGGUGACUACUGAUUAGUGAGAAGUGGGGUUGUCCGUUCAGCCGGACUUUAUAAUUUCUUAGGUUUUGUAGUAAUCCUGGAAUAAAAUAUGGCUGCUGAUUGGCUUGGGAGCAUUGUCUCCAUUAACUGUGGAGACACCUUAGGAGUGUAUCAAGGCCGCGUAUCUGCUGUUGACCAACACAAUCAAACUAUCUCUCUUACCCAGCCUUUCCAUAAUGGGGUCAAGUGCCUGGUGCCAGAGGUCACCUUCAGGGCAGGGGAUAUUGCUGAGUUAAAGAUUUUAGAGAUUCCUGUGGAUAAUCAACAAAACCGCCAGACCCAUGACAAUGGAUCAGCCGCCUCCUGUGUGCCAGCCAGCCAACAAAAUGGUACAAGCAAGCAGAAGCCAGUCAGCGCACCGCAGAGUAUCCCUCGAAGAACCGAUGCACGGAGCAAUGAUCCAGCGGGCACCUCGCCGCAGCCCUGUUCCAAGAGCUACGUGGAUAAACACACUGAAGCAAUCAACCAACCCAAAAAUUUCCGCCGUAGACACAACUCUUCCAGCAUGCGGUUGGCCAUAGAGUCCCUCCCAAUAGGAAAGCCACAGAGCGUUGGGUAUGGAGCAGAUGCAGAAUCAACAAGUAGCCUUUCUGAGAAGACAGAGUUCUGGAGGGGGUCUUCCAGCAGCCGAUAUCCUAAUCAAGUCACACCAAAGAAGACUGGCCCAAAGAAUGGUCAGCUAAAGGCUCGUGAUGAUGAGUGCUUUGGAGAUGACUUAGAGGAGAUUCCAGAUGCAGACUUUGACUUUGAGGGGAACCUGGCUCUCUUUGACAAGGCGGCUGUUUUUGAGGAAAUUGACACACAUGAGAGAAGAGGUGGAGGAGGGGCAGCAAGGUCACGGGGAACUCCAAACGAAAGACCUCCAACAUACAGGCAUGAUGAGAAUAUUCUAGAGUCCGAGCCUAUUGUAUAUCGAAGAAUUAUGGUUCCCCAGUCUGGAGGAAAGGAAUAUUGCACAGAUUCUGGCUUGGUGGUACCCAGCAUUCCAUACAGCCUGCACAAGAAACUCCUCUGUGUGGCAGAAAGGCACGGUCUAUCAGUGGAGAGGCGGUUGGAAAUGUCAGGGGUUUGUGCCGCUCAGAUGGCACUUACGCUUCUUGGUGGCCCCAACAGGCUGAACCCUAAGAAUGUGCACCAACGCCCUACUGUCGCCCUGCUGUGUGGGCCUCAUGUGAAGGGAGCACAGGGCAUUAGCUGUGGGCGUCACUUGGCCAACCAUGACGUGGAUGUUAUCCUGUUCCUGCCAAAUUUUGUAAAGAUGCUGGAACCAGUAUCCAAUGAAUUAAAUCUGUUUGGACAAACUCAGGGCAAACAGGUGUCAAGUGUGAAAGAUUUGCCAGAUUGCCCUGUGGACCUAGUUAUUAACUGCCUGGACUGCCAUGAAAAUGCAUUUUUGCGCGACCAGCCAUGGUACCGAGCAGCUGUAGAGUGGGCCAACCAGAACCGUGCUCCUGUGCUUAGCAUUGACCCUCCCGUUAAUGACCAGGACCUUGGUAUACAUGCCAAGUGGUCACUGGAGCUGGGGCUCCCACUGCCAUUAGGGGAGCAGGCAGGACGGGUCUACUUAUGUGAUAUAGGUAUCCCACAGAAGGUGUUCAGGGAAGUCGGUAUCAGCUACCACUCACCCUUUGGCUGCAAGUUUGUCAUUCCUUUGCACUCUAUGUAAAGAUGGCAGCUUCACAGACACUGCUG